GUUUUUGGAGCGUAAGUUAGAACGCAGCAGAUGAUUGAUUGUCUGCACAUUGUCUGCAACAUAAAUAUUACUCGCUCACUGGGUUGUCUUCGUUCGGUGCCUUUGCGUAGUACCAUUAAUACUAAAUAUGGGAACUUGCGUCCACUCUCAGGAGCUCCUAUCGUUCCUCAACCAAAGAUGGAUACUGCGCCACCAGCUGCAGUAGAAUUGGAUAAAUUAAUUAAAAGAGUAGAAUUGGAAAUGCGAGGCAUCGACCCCGCAGUGUUGCUUAGCUACUCAUGGUUUUGUGUAGCAGCUGCAUCUCACUUAGGCAUUGAAGUGACUAAAAAUUGGGCAUUACGAAAAGCAGAAAAAGAAAGACACACCCUUCUCAGAUGUGUUCAUAUAUACAAGAAACACAGAGUCCAAUAUGAAAUACGUACAUAUUUCAGAUUUAUUCACUUGCAGAGGCUCACUGGUUCCACAUCUGACACUUAUUUAGAAUACAUUGAGAGAAAUCUUCCAGAGGGCUGUGCUUUAAAAAUUACCAAAGUAGAAUGUACAAAAAUGCCUGAUCAUAUCACUCCACCAGAAAAUUGAAAAUGUAUUAUUAGGGUAAAACUAGAAUAAAAGUAAU